CCCAAAUCUUGGCCCAUCAGUAAAGUGACGUCAAAAAAGCGAUAAAAAGGCGUCAACAACAUUUCUUGCGUAAGAACCAGAAAGAUCGAACAGGAAGAAAGAUUUUGUGUGCGGUGACUGUAAAAAUAUAACACAAUAAUAGGGUUGCGUUGUUUUCGUUACUAAAUUAAGAAAGAACUUUAGUUAAAGUGAUUUAUUUAUAGUUUUUUGAAAAUUUGACUCCGAAAAUAUAAAUUAAAAGUAAGAUUGGUGAACAAACAGAGAUAAUACUUCAGCAGAAAUAUUGAAAAAAAUGAGAUAAUUAGUGGUUCUAGUGCAUGGAAAGUAAUAGGCCAACGUUGUAUCCACUAAUAGGCCAAUUUUUGUACCAUAGACCAACGUUGCAUACCAUCGCAUCGAAUCUUUUCAGCCUAAAUAAGUAAAUUCUUGAAUAUUUACGUAAGUUUACUUCCAAUUGGUGAAACAUGCAUUGCUUAGAGCGUGUAAUAGGGUCAACAUAUUAUUUCUAGUGCUAUUAAUUCAUGAGUUAUGGUCAAAAUUGUCAAGGCGGCUUGCAAAUUAGGCCAAGGAAUGGUACAUAUACCCUAAAAUGAGUAAGAUUCGCACAAAACUGAGCUCAACUGGAACAGCUAAAAAAAUGAGUAAAUUGCAUUUAAAGCAAUAGCGCUGGCCCAAGUGUAAAAAUCCAACUGGUUUAAGCCGUAUAAUAUUCUUCACAUCAUUAAUAUUAUACGGCUUAAGGCCCCUUAACGUGUCAGCUCAAAUUUUGCUCUUCUUAUUUGAUUCUUAUUCCAAACAAUCAUCAAGCACGAUAGUAGUUGUGUAGCCUUUCUAUACCAAUUCCAUAAACAAACAAACAAAAAUAGCACCUCUUUGUCUCGGUACCUCCAAUGUAAACAUUUCGAGAAUAUGAAUCACUUGAAAGCAACUCAAGCAGUAAACUACUCUACUUCAAUGAAUAACAAGGAAACAUAUCCAAAUGUCACGAAAAAUGUUAGAUUUUUUAUGUAACAAGCUAGAAAUGAUCGAAUUAUUUUGGUACGCUCUCCACUGUUUAUGUUUGCUGCUGCAACAGCAGUGCUAGCGGACCGCUUGGUGAAGAUUUCGUAAAUUACAAUGCUUUGCUUAUUUCACUAGCAAUUGUGGUAAAAAAGUUAAAAAAUAAUCACCCCUCAAAUUAUUUUUGAUUUUAUGACGCAUAACCAAUGUGUUUGACUGGAUUUUUUAAUUAAUUUCGAUCAAUUUCGUUGAUGCUUAGGCCAGCAGGAUCGACAUCACUGCGUGCAAUGAUCGAUAAUUGUGUGCGCCAAAAGACAUCACCGCACUGCCGCCGUCGUCGUUGGUACUGCGGUGGGUGGUAAACACCGCCAACCACAUUUUAGUGCGGUCGAAACAAAUCGUUAAAAAUUUCUACUUUCGAGUGAACUAAUGCUUAGUAAUCGUGAUUACUUGGAAAGAGGCUUGUAUUUGAAGUAGUGUGAAUACAUUUUUAUGCUGAAUAUCUCGCGUGAAAUUGAUUAUUUUAUAGAAUAAGAUAAGUGUCGAUUUUUUACAAAUAUGUAUUGGUGCAAUGUUGUGUAAAGUUGAUUUCGGCGAAUGAUUUUGAAGAAGCCAUUUUGCGAUGACACGCUAAGGGGCCUUAAACUGAUGAGUCGCACUUGGGCCAGCGCUCAACAUAAAUAUCUAAAUACGCAUUUAGAUACGUUGACCAGCGCUAUCGUUGGAAAUGCAAUUUACUCAUUUUUUGAGCUGUUCCAGUUUAGCUCAGUUUUGUGUGUAUUUUCAGGCCGUGUACAGCAUUAAGGCGAAACUGGAUCCAUUUCCUCACUUUUUGGUUUUUGAUAUUUUAUUAAAUAACAAAACAAUAUUUUUAAAAUCGGUUUUCGUACACAUGUAGAGUACACGCAGAAAAAUAUCUGCUAAAAACAACAAUAUUUGACUUAAACUCAAUCAAAAUUUCACUUUGUUCUGGCCUCAAAAAGAAAUAUUAUUGUUUAUACAAUCCAGUCUGUUUGUUUUUAAGUGAAGAUUGAUUGUUGAAAGUAAUAUGUGAGAUUCUACCAUCGACUUUCGUUGUUUGACAGGUGCAAAUUAAAAUAGGAUUGUUUAUUUUAACAUAAAUUGAUUUUACUUUCUAUCGUAUCGUAUAUUGAAAAUAAAAGCAUAAUAUUAUUUACAUAUGAAUAUUUCUUAUUUUUGUUUUCAUUUUAUUUUCCAUUUCUUGCUAUCAAAAGCCAAUGUUAGUUGCUAAGUAUAAUGAUUUUUGAUCAGCAUCAUGGUGCACCUUUUUACCCUUCUUACACCCAUAAGAAGGGUAUAAAUACCGCUUGGAAAACCGACUUUCGAUCCGAGGCCCGCAGGGCCGAGUCACAUAUACCAAUCAACUCAGCUCGACGAAUUGAGCAAAUGUCUGUAUGUGCGCGCGUGUGUGUGUGUGUGUGUGUGUGUGUGUGUGUGUGUGUGUGUGUGUGUGUGUGUGUGUGUGUGUGUGUGUGUGUGUGUGUGUGUGUGUGUGUGUGUGUGUGUGUGUGUGUGUGUGUGUGUGUGUGUGUGUGUGUGUGUGUGUGUGUGUGUGUGUGUGUGUGUGUGUGUGUGUUUUUUCCUCCCUACCUCCCUCAGCAGAGAAAACCGAAUGGCAGUAGGGACGGAUGUCCUGGGGCCUGACGCACCCCCCCCAUUUGCGAGUCAGCCGCGUAGUUGCCGGCUAAGAAUAGGACUACUAACCCCAAUUCAAGGUGUCAAGCGACCCGUGCCGAGGAAUGAGUGAUCGAGGGGGUGAAAAAGAUGCUCGAUCUUUAACGGAGCCUGUGGGGUACCUGGGCAUCCCCCACAGUAAGCUGUCCCUUACCGCGUUAAUGCAGAGCUCUGGCGUGGUGGACAUUCUUUCUCGUGCGACUCGUGGGAAUAAAAUAUGAGUAAACAUCCAAUUCAAAAAACUAGUGCAACAGGUAGUAGUGGUGCGAUCAACCCCUUCGCAAGAAGCAAGUUGAUGAGGUCUCCAACAAGGAGCAGCGAGGAGUCAGGUGCUGGAAGCUGCUUACGCAGCUCAAGCGUGGGAGCUCCUGUCCACUCCACGGCAAGCCAGCCGGCGGAGGUUAUGGACGGAGCAUGGUUGCUGAGGGCCAUCAGCCAAGAAGCAGGAAAAGGACGGCCCGCAUUAGAGGUAGCUGAGCAGCAGCUUGGCAAAAUUAUCGACUUUGCGACAACUAAGUCGAAUAUAAGCAAGGACCUGAAAACGGCCUUGCUUCGGCUUAGAGCGUCUGUCGAUGAGGCCAAGCAGGAGCACGCGGUCGCGUUGCUGGCUGCAGCAGCGGCGAAACCCGCAAAGGAGAAAGCGUCUAAGUUUACACAAACGGAGGCCUUCUCCUUCGCGGGUAGUCCGAAGAGAGUGGAAGCGAAUGCUCGUGACAAACGUGACAAGCAUUCGCAGAAGCGGAUGAGGCAGCCGUCAGGUGAGAAGCUGUCUGGCGGCGCCCGCAAGGCCAGGCGUAUAAUAACCCCGAAAGCCGGUGGUAAUGCCGGAAAGUCGGACCCCAGCCAGGGUUCCCGGAAAGCUGGGAAGGGAGGGCCUGAAAAGGCCGGCCCGUCCCGGAAUGAUGGGAACAAGGGGUUGUGACUAAUGGUGGGCCCUCAGCAGCCACAGAGCAGGGCGAUCCAAGGAGAGGACCCUCCUUGGACAAAGGUAGAGCGGAAGAGGAAGAAGAAGGUGAAUCCGCAGGCAGAAGUGCAGGACGCCAAGCCAAGGCGUAGGAAGGCAGGUGCCAGGCGCGAGAAAGGCGACGCCCAAGUAAUCACUAAGCACUGGCGUAAGCGGUCUAAAGGUCAUACAGCAGCUUUUUCGUGUCAACAGGCUCAGUAGGAAAUUUUUAAAUGCUCUCAGGCAUUAUAAAUAGUAAGCACUGAAAUAAGCCGUACAUCAGUAUAUGACGCUAUGCUAUAGUGCUUGUAAACCCAGUGUCUAUCAGCCGAAUAAGAAGCCUGACAGUGCUGUUAAAAGGCUUGGCGUGCAUGACGUUUUUAUCAAUCGAAGCUGAUUUCAAGCAAAACAAAACAAAACCGAAGCAAUACAAUAAAAUCUCCUUGGAAAUUUCGUACUAUCGAUAGUGCGGUGGAAGCUUGUCGUCGGACACUUCAAGCAUUAAAUACAUUGAAACAGCAAAUGUAUAGCUGCUUCCUCGAUUAUGAUAUAAAUGCAUAAGAUGUUUAUCUGUGGAGUUUCAAUCGUUUUUCCUACAGACGAACACCAAAACUAAUCGAUGGGCCCCAUUUUGAUUCCUCUUGUUACGGAACCUCGUCAACCUCCCAAACUUCCCUAGUUGCAUAUCUUGCAGAUCUCUCUCCACUCUCCAUAAAACCAUUUUAUACAUUUCCAAUGCGGCCACAUUGUGCCCGAUUUCAUAUCCGAACAUCGGAUCAUCCGGAACAUUCGAAUCGGAACAUCAAUGCUGUCCCAACUUGUUGCCUUCUUUUCCUUAAAUACGGGGCUGAGCAAACCGAUCUCUUGGUGCAUCGAUGGAGCAGAUGGGAAACGUGACGACAUCCACUUAAGACUUACGACCCCGAGAACAUCAGAUCGAAUCUCGAUCAGGCCGUAAAAAUCGAAGAAAAGUAGACUUCGAUGGAAAACAUCCGGAGAAAAAAAAACAAAGAAAGUAAAUAACUUUUUUUUUCUUUUUUCUUGACCCAUUUUUGACAACUCUUUCACCAGAGACUCGGUACGCAGAUUGAAGCUGGCCGUAUAUCAGCCGAAUAUUUCGCCAAAAUUGGCCUUUAAGCAGAUCUAUUAUAGGAUGUAGUUCUAAUGAGCUCUGUUAAAAUUGCUCUUCAUGUGGAUAUAGAACCAACUUGGUGCCAAUUUUUAUGGCUUAGUGGUUACUUGGGCGCUAUCGUCAUCAAGACCGAACAGUCUAAGUACUCGGACGUCUUGAAGACGAUGCGAAGCGACGCCAAGCUUGAGGAUCUCGGAGCCGACGUACGCAGUAUUAGACGUACUCGUACGGGUGAGAUGAUCCUGGAGCUGAAGCGCCAGAAGGAGCACAAGGGCGCCGCCUACAAGAGGCUGGCAGAAGAGGUCCUUGGUGAGGGUGUGCAGGUGAGGGCUUUGACACAUGAGGCGACUCUGAAGGUCAAAGACAUUGACGAGAUCACCGAAGUGGAAGAGCUCGUCACGGCACUGCGGCAACAGUGCGCCGCAGCCGUUAAGCUACGGAGAGGGCCAGCAGGGACACCGAUAGCCUUGGUUCAGCUACCUGUGGCGGAUGUUAAAAAGUCCGUUAAAGUAGGAAGUAUAAAGGUGGGCUGGUGUGUAUGUCACCUGACAUUCCACGAGCCACCAGAGGUUUGCUUCAGGUGUCUGGAACCAGGACACAAGUCGUGGGACUGCAAAGGCCCCGACAGGCGCAAACAGUGUAGGCGAUGCGGCGCUGAAGGUCAUAAGGCCCAAAGCUGCACGAGUCCGCCCAUCUGCAUGAUCUGUACCGGGAAAACCUCGAAAAAACAGACAUACGAUGGGUGGUCCAGGGUGCCCGGCCUUUAAGAAAGCUGCAGUGAACAACAAAUCACAGUGCAGGUAACGCAGCUGAACCUGAACCACUGUGAUGCGGCUCAGCAACUGCUUUGUCAGGCGGUUUCUGAGUGGGAGACGGAUAUCGCCAUCAUUUCGGACCCAUACCGAGUACCCGCCGGCAACGGCAACAGGGCCUCGGAUGGGACCAGAAAAAUGGCGGCGAUAUGGACGACGGGUAAAUACCCCGUGCAGGAGUUGGUGUCUACUACCUACGAGGGCUUCGUGGUCGCCAAAGUAAACGGGGUCUUCUUCUGUAGCUGUUAUGCGCCUCCGCGGUGGCCGAUCACGCAAAUGCUGGACCGCUUAACGACCGUGCUAACAGGGCGAAGGCUGGUGGUAAUAGCGGGUGACUUUAAUGCCUGGGCUGUGGAAUGGGGAAGCCGUUUCACGAACCAGCGGGGUCAGAUCCUGCUAGAAACACUGGCCAUCUUAGAUGUCGACUUGGCUAACGUCGGCACCAAGAGUACCCAUAGUCGAAACGGAGCGGAGUCAAUUAUUGACGUGACCUUUUGUAGUCCUGGCUUAACAAGUAGUUCGAACUGGAGAGUAGAUGAUGGCUACACUCACAGCGACCACCUGGCGGUUCGCUACAGUAUCGACUACAACAACAGCAGACAGCGGAUAGAAGAAGAGGCGGCUAGGCCAAGGCCAAGCCCUCGUAGGUGGAAGACAUCAUACUUCGACGAAGAGGUAUUUAGGGAAGCACUCCGCCGUGAGCGAAACUUAAUCGUUUUAGACGGCGACGAGCUGGUAGCGGUGCUCUCACGUGCGUGUGAUGCGACCAUGCCUAGGCGAGUCCAUCCUAGAAAUGGGAGGCCACCGGCUUACUGGUGGACCGACGCGAUUGCGGACCUGCGCCGCGCCUGCCUACGGGCUAGGCGGCGGAUGCAGCGAGCACGAUCAGAGGAAGAGCGAAACGAACGGCGGGUGGUGUUCGCCGCUGCAAAAGCCGCGCUCAAGACCGAGAUAAGAGCUGGAAAGUACUUACAGGCUUAUGUGUCUGAGGGUUGCAACCCGGAUAAAAACGAACAAUUAAGGCUAUGGGAAAAACAAUUGAAAAACCUUAAGCGCGUACCGUACCGUGUCACACGACGCUCUCUGUGUCAUUACUGGUAUGGUGCCUAUCAGCAUUCUUAUCAGUGAGGACAUGGAGUGCUUCGAAAUGCGCGGCACAAGAGGCAUACGCAAGACUGUCAGGAUGGCCUCUAUGGUCAAAUGGCAGCGCGCGUGGAACAGUUCCACCAAAGGAAGGUGGACCCAUAGGUUGAUACCGAGGGUAGAUAGUUGGAUUAAUAGGCGCCAUGGGGAAGUUACAUUCCACCUGACACAGGUCCUUACAGGUCAUGGUUGCUUCCGACAGUAUCUACACCGUUUCGGGCAUGCGGAUUCUCCCGAAUGCCCAGUGUGCAAUGGUUUAGAGGAAACGGCGGAACACGUUUUGUUCGUGUGUCCGCGUUUUCGCACAAUGCGUGACCGCAUGCUUGCCACAUGCGGGGAGGACACAACUCCGGACAACUUGGUCCAGAGAAUGUGUAGGGAUGAGAUUAGCUGGAAUGCCGUUUCAACGGCUAUCACCCAUAUCGUCUGGGAGCUACAGAGGAGGUGGCGCGUGGACUCGGAGAAUGGUUAGUCCAGAUGCAGUACAAGAGGUGGUCCAGGGGUUCGAAGUCGGCUUCGUAGGUCAUACCGGUGCCCUGCGGCCGAAAUCGACCCUUACAGCGAUUAAGUGGCCGCGGAGAGGAAGUCCCGGUAGCGGUGCUGUCGUGGCGUCAGUCUACUGGGUUGGAUCCGAGCCCGCGGUUGGAAAGGGGUCCCCGGCAUGGGUCGGGGUAGGUGAGACCCUGCUAUCUGCAACCUACGGAUGCAUCUGAUAGGGCCUGAAGGGUAGUGAUAUCCUUCCUUUGCGGGCAGGUCAGAUCGGGUUGCAUGUGGGCAUCAGUUCUUGAUGUCCGCUCAGCAGUAGGGCGCGGGCGGAGUUGACCCUGCCCGCCUUCCGAGGACAAAGGGAGCAGUCUUCAAAAUAUCCUUUGCAUUUCGUUGCUUUGAUCUAAAAACUAAGGAGUAGAAAAAUGCACGCUCCUUGUUUGGCGAAUCAACUUAGCUGCGAUUUGCUCCUCUCAUUUUGGCAAAAUACUGCAUCAUUGAUCUAAAUCAUUGAUCAACUCUUCGCACACGGCGGGCAAUGUUUCAGGCAUAACAACCGUAUGCGGUAGGCCUAGCAACGCUAGUAACAAAUUUAAUUUGCGUCUGGUCGAAAGUCAACUAAGUCCUGGUCCUUCCUUCAGACAACAUUGAUCGAGAAUGGGCGAAAAUGAAAUAUGUUGACCGGUCUUAUUCUAGCCUUUCCUACACAUGGUGGAUCUGACUGGUUGGGUGGGGUCCCGGAUCGCCUCAAUGAAAAUAAUCCCACGGAAAUGCAUUAAACCAAAUCGAUCCAAAGUAAUGAAGACAGCUGCCAAAUUUUCUAAUUUUUCAUCUGUUUUAUUUUGUAAGGAGCAGCAAAAUAAUACCAACCAAAUAAAAAGUUCUUUCUAUA